AUGACCUCUGUCGAACGUGUGCUUGACUACUGUUCUCUGGAUCAAGAAUCUCCAGCUCAAGUACCACUUGAUCUUCGACCACCGCCAAGUUGGCCAUCUCAUGGUGAAAUCGUUUUUAAUAAUGUUUCAAUGCGUCAUUCCACACCGACAUACUUACCACUUGAUUUGCGUCAUAUCUCGAUGACGAUACGAGCUAGUGAAAAAGUGGGCAUUGUUGGAAGAACGGGCGCUGGCAAGAGCUCUCUUAUCCAAACGCUCUUUCGUAUUGGCACACUUGUUGAUGGUCAAAUCAAAAUAGACAAUAUUGAUAUCGCUUCUGUUGGCUUGGACGAUGUUCGAUGUCGCAUUUCGAUAGUUCCAUAA